UCUUCUUCUACAUUUCAGCGUGUUUGGGUUCAUUUCUUGCUGCUAAUAGCCCUCUUUGGCUCCCAUCACACCUUCAGAGUUUGAAACUUCUACACAUUCACCUUCAUCUUUCUCUGUUCUCUUCAUUUAUCUCUUGAAAUCUUCAAUUUAUUCCUCAAAUGGAUUCUGCUUUGACCAUUUCCUCUGCUUCCCUUCUAUCCCGCAAAUCCAACCACAAUAUUCAUCCUCCCACUGCUUCAUUUUCUUUCUCCUCAAAAACCCAACUAAAACCCUCUUCCAGAAUUUCCAUUUCUGCUAAAAGUUCCUGCAAUUUCGACAUUAAUCCCUCAAAUGGAAGCUACCUUAAUUGCCUCCAAGUUUAAGGAAAUGGCCGUAAAGGCGGAACCUUUGACACCAACUAUGUAAGAAUCAACAAUAGAAGAAGACAAAGUUGAAAACUCCAAUGAAAUUCAGGCUGGGUAUGAAGAAAAAUCACCACUAUCUCGCUUAAUGGAAUCAAAUUCUGAGUUUGUGGACAAUCUGUGGAAAUUAUUACAGAAAAAGCUUGAAAUUGGGGAAGAUGAAGACGCAUUGAAGAUUCUGGAUAAGUUGAAGCUCAAGAAGAUGGGUUUAAUGAAUCACGUGACUGUCACAUGAGGGUCAACGGUUAUACUUAACGGUCAAAGGUCACAAACCGUUAUAAGGUAGUGUUUUGCAAACAAUUGUAUUAUAUAAGAUAAGGUAAUAUUUUACGAAAUGAGAAAUUAAUAGUUUUUUAUAAUUUUACCUUAAAAAAAUUGUAUUUAUUUAAUGGUCAUCAAAAUGGUCGAAAAGUCGCAACCAAAAAGGUAAAAAAACACUAUCAUAGAUUUUGGCGCCAGUUUGCGCGCCAUUUACUUAUAUAAACAUUCUCUCUUUCUCUUUCUUUGUUUCAGUGUAAAUUAGACUGCUUUCUUCUCCACUCUCUUGACGCAUCAAAUCGACUCAAUCUCCCAAAAAUUGCUGCAAAUAUAAAGCAAAUCAAGUCAAUCUUUUCCUUCAAACUACGAUCGGCAUUUAUAAAUAUUUCUGCCGUUUUCAUGGCUAGUGAAAUUCGAAGCGUUUCGAAUGGAAAAAUAGAUGAGAAAAGUGAGGUGAAAAGAACUUACCAAGUUGUAGUUGCUGCAACUAAAGAAAUGGGUAUUGGUAAAGAUGGGAAAUUACCUUGGAAAUUACCAACUGACCUUAAAUUCUUCAAAGAUGUUACUUUACAAACAUCUCAUUCUGAGAAAAAGAAUGCUGUAAUUAUGGGGAGAAAGACAUGGGAAAGUAUUCCCCUUAAGUAUCGGCCUUUACCCGGUAGGCUUAAUGUGAUUCUCACCCGUUCACCGAAGUUUAGUGUUGGAAAUGUGGAUGAUGUUGUUACUUAUGGAAGUAUGGAUUUGGCAUUGGAAUCGUUAGCGACGGCACCUUAUGAUGUUUUGAUUGAAAAGGUGUUUGUUAUUGGUGGCGGACAAAUUUUGAGGGAAACUCUUAAUGCUCAAGAUUGUGAUGCGAUUCAUCUCACUGAGAUUGAGACCAAUAUAGAAUGUGAUACAUUUAUCCCUCCUGUGGACACUUCCUUGUUUCAUCCUUGGUAUUCAUCUUUCCCUGUAGUUGAGAAUGAUAUACGAUUCUCUUUUGUUACAUACACUCGUGUGAGGAGGAAUGCCGAUGAUGUUGGUACUCUGAUGAACGCUACCAAGUCAAAUUCUGAUAAGUUCAAGGUACAAGAUUUCUCCUUUUUGCCCCAGAAGGUGUUUGAUAGACAUGAGGAGCAUUUGUACCUUAAGCUUAUUCAUGAGAUCUUAUUGAGCGGGAAUCUUAAGGAUGAUAGGACCGGAACUGGGACCUUGUCAAAAUUUGGUUGUCAGAUGCGGUUCAAUUUACGCAAAACUUUCCCACUUCUUACAACCAAGAAGGUAUUUUGGCGAGGUGUUGUAGAGGAAUUACUUUGGUUUAUCAGUGGCUCAACAAAUGCUAAGGUCUUGCAGGAGAAAGGUAUACAUAUAUGGGAUGGAAAUGCAUCUAGAAUAUAUCUUGAUAGCAUUGGGCUGUCAGAUAGGGAAGAGGGCGACUUGGGACCUGUUUAUGGGUUCCAGUGGAGGCACUUUGGGGCGAGAUAUACUGACAUGCAUGCUGACUACACUGGGCAAGGAUUUGAUCAGUUAUUAGAUGUUAUCCACAAGAUUAAAAAUAAGCCAGAUGACAGACGUAUUAUCCUCUCAGCUUGGAAUCCUUCUGAUCUUAAGUUAAUGGCACUGCCUCCAUGCCAUAUGUUUGCACAGUUCUAUGUAGCAAAUGGCGAGUUAUCCUGUCAAAUGUACCAGCGUUCAGCAGACAUGGGGUUAGGGGUUCCUUUUAAUAUUGCUUCUUAUGCUCUCUUGACUCGCAUGAUUGCUCAUGUCUGUGAUCUUCAUCCUGGAGAUUUUAUUCAUGUCAUUGGGGAUAGUCAUGUUUAUCGCAACCAUAUUGAGCCAUUGGAAAAACAACUACAGAAUUUGCCUAAGCCUUUUCCUGUUUUGAAGAUCAACCCCGACAAGAAGAACAUAGAUUCUUUUGUAGUAAGUGAUUUUAUGCUUGUGGGUUAUGAUCCUCACCAGAAAAUUGAAAUGAAGAUGGCUGUUUAAAGCUCUUUCUCUUAGUAGAAAGUUAUCCUGCAGUGUUUAUAGAAUAGAAAAAUUUGUAUUUGGUACACAAGAGUUUUUCUUGGAGCCUUUGGUUUUAUACUGACAUAGAUAAUUUUUACUAGAAAAUUGUCCCUUUGGGUUUAUAGAAUAGAUUAUGUGAUUUCUCCCUUCCAGCCCAAUUCUUUUCUGCAACACUUUAUGCACCAAAUUAAGGGGUUGCUUUUACACCUUAAUUUGCCCCCAAGUACUGAUUAUGUAAUGGAAUGGAAUAGACACGAACAGAACUCAAAUGUAGCACAAAAAUUGACCAGGGGAUCUUGAUGCUGGUCCUGUGGGUUCUCUAUGGAUUAUUAGGACUACCUUUGGACCUUGACUUCUUGUUCCAUGUACAAAGAUGCCAUCCCUUGGGUUUUCCUGGUCCUUGGUGCACAGGUUUGGUCUCCAAGUGUCGUGCAAGGUAGGCUGGCAGGCCAAAUCUUCUGAAUUCUGUUUCUGUUCUUUCCUUAAUGUUCUGCUGUUGCUGUACUAUUUUGUGCACAUUGAUCUGCUGCUGCACUUGCUGAAUAGUCAUGCACACAAACUAUUUGUUUGCUAGCACAAAUUAUUACAUAGUCUUGAAUGUGUAAGAAACCUGCAUCAUGUCAAACAUGGUGCAAAUUUAUGCCUUUUACCAAUACAACUGCUAUUCCAAGGUUGAGGAUAAGAGUAAUUGCCCACUUUAGGCUCUCUUAAGAUCACUAUACUUGAGCAUCAGUGCCUCUAUCAGUCUUGAUGUCUAGUGUCAGUGUGCAAUCUCUCAUUUUAAGGAUCUAUCAUAUCAUUUAGAUACCAAAAAUCAGCUUGGAGCAACACAAAUUAAAUUGUAUUUGUUAAUAGUACAAAUACAUGUUACUCGAACUUAGUAAUUUGUAUUUGAGACGGGUACGUGUUUAGUUUUUUGAUUCAAAAUGAAGUAUGCAAGUGUCCUACGUAUUUUCAAGUGUUGAGGGUCUAACAUGAGUAGGUUUAAAUUAUGUGAUAUUCAGCCUUUGGUUGAAACCACUUGCCUUUUAAGGUUAUAGCAAAGUAACUGCUUACUGGAACAUCUCUUAAAUCACCGAGAUAACUAAAUCUAUGCAUUCACUUCCUUUGUGAGCCAUGUUCCUCGACCUUUAACCUAUGAUACAAAUCUUCCAUGGUCGCUUCACUAAAUGCUGUAGAUAGAUGAUUUUUAACAGCUCCGAUAGAGUUAGCAAUGAGUUCGGCUUGUCUGCUUAGGUUAUGUUUAGUUUUAACACUUAAAUAAAUGAAAAGGCUACGAGUUAAUUAAGAGAAAAUGAUCUUUUUUGCUUCCACCAUUUUUUUCAUUUCUUCAAACUGUGAGAGCAUAAAUUGACUCUGUUCAAUUUUAUCUGUUCCAUCACAAUCUAUAUACAAUUAAAUGUUUAAUUACUUGGCUACU